UUCAAAACGUGAUUGUCUGUGAAUCUGAAUGUCAAAUGUGAUUUUAAUUAAAUUUUGGAGAAAAUGGCAAUGUUUUUAAGCUCAGAUUUCAAACAGACUAGUGAUAUAACAUAAACAUUAUUAUGGUGGAUGAUUUUAUAAAUGACAAGAAAGUAUUAACACAAUAAAAUGUUACGAAACAGUUUUCGCGACCUCCGAGUUCGGAUUCCAACAAAAGUUCUAAGAAGUAAUGGAAUGAUUGAUUGCCUGUGCAGUUUGAACACUAUAAGAAUAUCAAGUUACAGCUCAAAAAGAAAAGACAGAAGUCCUCAAGGAAGAAAAGUAAAGGGAAGAGUAGUGCAAAAAGCUCCGAAAUUAAAACGGGGUCCAAAGUUGCCCAAAGUAACAAGUCAGAAAGAUGUGCCAUCAGAACCAGAUCAGUUAUUCAAACCUGUAUAUCCUGACCCAGUGAAGAAAAGCAGUGAUACACAGGAUAUAGGCGAAGAAAUAGCAGGGAAAUUGACCAAAGCGGAGAAAGCCAAAGUUUUGAGACAGUUUAUUAUUGACCAGUCAACACAGAUGUUGGCAGCUCAGCAUGGAUUAGAGGGGACAGUCUAUGAAACUGCUUUACAGUCAUUCAGGAAAUAUUGCAUUGGUUCAUCUCAGCUACCGGUUGAGCUGCAUAUAGUGUUCAAAGACCUGGUACAAGAUGUAGGUCAUGUGUCAGAUUUGUUUCCAUUUUUCCUGAAUCACUCGAAAAUUGUUUACCCUCAUCUGGAUUGUAUGGAGGAUUUACAGAAGAUCAGUGAUCUCACAGAUCCUAGUCGAUGGUACCCUCUUGCCAGAACCAUGCAGAGGAAGAUUAUAUAUCAUUCAGGCCCCACCAAUAGCGGAAAGACGUACCACGCUCUGAAACGGUUUAUGGAAUCUGAGUCAGGCGUUUACUGUGGUCCACUUCGAUUGCUGGCAAUGGAAGUCUUUGACAAAUGUAACAAUGCUGAUGUUCCUUGUGAUUUGAUUACUGGUGAGACGAGACGUUUUGCCAACGAGGAUGAGACACCAGCCGAGCAUGUAGCUUGCACUGUGGAGAUGGCAAACCUCAGUCAAGAGUAUGAAGUUGCUGUGAUAGAUGAGAUUCAGAUGAUUGGGGAUUUACAGAGGGGAUGGUCCUGGACUCGGUCUUUACUUGGCAUUGCAGCUAAGGAAGUACAUGUAUGCGGGGAGGAAACUGCCAUCGAUCUUGUGGAGAAUUUAAUGUAUUCUACCGGUGAUUCUUUUGAGGUUAGAAAAUAUGAGAGAUUGACAAGUUUGACAUAUCUGGAAGAGGCUGUUGGCAAUUUUGAUAAUUUGAAGAAAGGCGAUUGUAUAGUGUGCUUUUCAAAGAAGGAUAUUUUCAAAGUGUUCAAUAUUCUAGUUGCCAAGGGACAUAAAUGUGCUGUGAUAUAUGGGGAUUUACCUCCUGGAACAAAAAUAAUGCAAUCAAGGAAGUUCAAUGAUCCAAAUGACCCAUGCAGUGUACUUGUAGCUACUGAUGCUGUUGGCAUGGGACUAAAUCUUGCCAUAAAAAGGGUGGUAUUCUAUUCAUUAAUCAAGCGUACACUAAGAGAGGAUCAUACUUUGUCCAUGGACUACCUGUCCACCUCCCAAGCCCAGCAAAUAGGGGGGAGAGCGGGUCGAUUUCGGACACAAUUUGAAGAUGGUGAAGUGACAACUUUCUGGCCGAAAGAUUUGGGACACUUGCAUAAUAUCGUGAAUGUAGAGAAAAGUCCCCUUAAAAAAGCGGGUAUGAAUCCCACAGCCGAGAUGAUAGAGAUGUUUUCAUAUCAUCUUCCUAAAGCGUCCCUUUCAAAUCUUAUAGAUAUAUUUGUACAUGUGUGCAAGCUAGAUGACAUGUACUUCAUGUGUAACUUGAUGCAGUUUAAGGAACUGUCCGAGUUAAUAGAAGAUAUUCCGCUACCUCUCCGAACACGAUAUACUCUCUGUUCAUCUCCACUGAAAGUGAGAAAAGGAUUUGCCCAAGUUGCGUUUGUUAAGAUUGCAGCUCAGAUGAGCAAAGGAUUUCCCUUGACAUAUGACUGGUUAUGUCAGAAACUGGGUGCACCUUUCAAUAUUCCCAGGUCAGUGUCAGAGCUUGAACAGCUGGAGGGAGCAUUUGAUGUUGUUGACAUUUAUUUGUGGCUGAGCUACAGAUAUCCAGACUUGUUUGUUGAUGCAGAUGAGGUUCGGCAACUUCGUUUGAAACUGGAUGCUAUCAUCCAAUCUUUCCUAAACAGAGGGAGACUGUCAGAGAAAAAGAGACGAAAACUUGACUUAAGUACUGUUAUGAAUGAUCAGCAAGCUGCAGGGACUGGUUUGGAGAAACUAGAGCCAGACCUGAUUCAGAACAAUCCUCUACAAGCAUAUACACCAAAACCGAAGCCGAAAAAGGAUAGUGAGAAAUAUAAAGUACUUACUGAUGUUUUUAAAGAAUUGGAAGAUGUGGAAAGAGGAAUUGUGGAGCCUGAAGAUAAAGCUAUCAAAAGCCUUUUUUCGAAUGUGGAAGAUUCUUCAAAUGAAAGUGUAAAUGUAGAAAAAGAUAUUGGAAAACACGAAGAGAAAAUUGUGAACGAUGGUGCAACAGACAUUGAAAAACACGAAGAGAAAAUUGUGAUUGCUGCUGCUGCAACAGACAUUGAAAAACACGAAGAGAAAAAUGUGAUGAUUGAUACUGCAACAGACAAGUCAGCAUUUUUAAAGAAAGAAGGAUUUUUGUCAAAGAAUAAUGAAAUGUAUAAUGAAAUUGCAGGCAGUUAUAAAAUCGAAGCAAUGUUUCAGAAGAAAGAUAAGGAAAGCACAAAAUCAGGACAAGCACACUCAGAUGAAAGUCAAAGCGCUAAUAUGAGUGACUCUGGUGAGAUUAAUAAACAAGAGGUGACAAAGUUUGGAAUGGACAUAGAGGAAAUAAACGAGUUUAAAGAUAUGUUUACAUCUAAUCAGAAUAAGAAAGUACGGACACCAGAAAGAUCAGGAAUGGGUGAGGAAGAUCUGAACAAGUUGAAAGAUAUGCUAACUUCUAUGAAAAAGUUAACUGGAAAGAGAAAGAAAAAGCCUUCCAAAGCAAAUGACAAAAAUGAAGAAGAACUUGUGACAAAGUUUGUUCAUGUAUAUCCUAGGAAACAAAUUAAAAAAAUGAAUUAUGAUUUUCAAAUGAGUGAAAAUGAAGGAUUACAUGAUACUGGCAAUAGUGACAAAAUAUCAAAUUUCUCAGAGAGGUUUUCAAUUCUCAGCAAUAAAAAUAGGCCUCAAAAUGUACAGGAGAGAAAUUCAGAUCUUAACACAGAGUUGUAUAAAGAAUCGCAUGGGGAAAAACAUGAUAAAAGCAGUUCCAUGAAAAAUAAAAGUUUAGCUGCCUCAAGAGCCAACAAAUUAAAUAAAUCAUCAUCACCAAAAGUAAAUGGAACUGGAAAUGUGGAACAGGCAGAAAAUAAUUUUGAAGAUAGAACUUUCGAACCAGAAAAAGAAACACCUAGCCUCACACAUACAUUUUUUGUUGAAGGAGAAGAAAGUCUGUCGGACAAAAGUUUAAAUGGAAAAACUGAGAUUAGCACAGAACGAGGAGAGGGUAGUUUGGAAGAAAAGUUGGUAGAAGAGGGUGUUCUGACUGCAGAGAUGUUAGAAAAGUUAAAAGCAGAAUGGGAAAAGAAACAGAUUAAAGGACAAAAGAAUGAAAAUGAUGGAAAUAAAAAUAGUAUAGAAAGAUGAUAAAACUUAAUCUAGAUGUUUGUUUCAAAACCAUUGGAAGAUUUGUAAUAGACCAGUAUGAGAAUAAUGGUCAUGGGUAAAUCAAUAAGAUUGAGCAUUUUUGAGUGGAGUUGAUGUAAGGUAGAAGAAUGAUAGAUUAGAACAGUGAGUGGACUGUAGUCCCAAAAUACACGCUUGAAGAAGUCAUACUUGAAAUAUGUAAAUAUAUAUUAGUUUUCUGUGUUAUCAGUGAUAUAUGAAGUCCCAUAUUUCAAGAUGAGUGAUCUGUACAUUUUGUUUUGGAUCUUUUAUCAGUACCAUUUCUUUUCAUCCAAGAUACUGUGAUUUUGUUUAAAAUGUUUUAAGUCAUGGAAUUAUUUGUGUCAUAAGUUCCUAGACACUGGACCUAUUUACAUGUUUAAAAAUUAUAGACAAUGGAGUAUUUUUAAGCAAACCAUAGAGUAUUUCUCUAAACAUUUUAUAGCCCUCCAGGCUAGCCAUCGAGGUAGAGCACAAGCUUAUAGGUUGUGAGUUCAGGCCUAGUCUUGGCAUUUGUUAAAAACUGAGGACUUGGUGGGGGAGCAGCAAAGCAUCUAUCUGAUACCAUUUGUCUGCUACAUCUGAUUUGGGGGUUGUUGACGGUUACAAGCAGAGAGGGGCCUUAACGGUUGAAUGGCUACAGUUACUGACUUAAAAUCAUUUACCCCUGACAACUGGCAAAGGUUGUCAUGUGAGGAGUCUAAUCCAGCUGGUUUAUGGCAGAUUGGUGGUUCUUCCCAUGUAUCUACUGUAUCUGAAUUACUGUUCACAAGGGUAGUUGGUGUUUUCACAACACUUAUAUCUGGAAUAAGUAGCCAUAUGAACUACAUUGUAUCUUAAAGCUUCAUGCCUGCAAGUUGGAUAUAAUUUUUGUCGAGCCCGCUUGCGGUGAGCUCGGUAUAGUCGCCACUUCUGGUGUAUGUGCGUGCGUCUGUCCGAUUUUGUCCGGACCAUAACUUUGACAUGCAUGGACCAAUCUUGUUUAUAUUUGGCAUGAAUGUUUACCUCAAAGAGAAGGCGUGUCAUGCACAAACCCUAUGUUCCUAUCUCAAAGGUCAAGGUCACAGCUGGAGGUCAAGCUGAAGUUUGUCCGGAGCAUUUCUUCUUCAUGCAUGGUGGGAUUUUGAUGUAAUUUGGCUUGAAUGUUCACCAUUAUGAGACGGAGUGUCAUGCGCAAGAACCAGGUCCCUAGGUCCAAGGUCAAGGUCACACUUGACAGCUGGCAGGCUCGACAUUCUGCCAGUGGGCAUACUUGUCUACAUGUUCUAUUCUAAAGUUUGGCAUGGAAUGUAAAAUUAACACUGAAGAAUGGUGAACUGAAUCAAAAUAAGUGUUAGAUAUUGAAAAAAAGCAGGAAAAAUGUUAAUUUUCUCCAAUUUUCAGAAGCAUGCAACAGUUAAUUUCGUUAUGCACAGUAUUUUUGUUCUUCAUUAGAAUAUCUUGUGAAUUCCAUGUUUCAAUAAAUUUGUACGACUGGUUAUUUUGCACAGUACACACAUUUUUUGGAUUUUUGAGAGAGAAUUUUCACCUAAAAUAUGUGAACAAGUUGCUUUAAUACACAGCAAAACAAGCUAACUUGUAAAAAAAAGCACUAGAGUGGAAUGUAGGAACAAUAUGUCAGGAUAAGUGACAGCUGUUUCAAGAAAUGAGUUGACCGAAUUAAACGAAGAUUCUCUUGAAAGAAUUUAAAGUUUUUCUGUAUCUCCAUUUUACUCCUUUCAAAAUAUCAUUACUCUGUUUUUUAUAGAGUUAAUCAAGAUUACUUAAAUUUCUCUCUGUUUCCUGGAAUUUAAUAGUAACAAUCCUUUUACUUGAAAAAUAUAUAAUAUAUGAAAAGAUUAUACUUGUAGUCCUUUUGUGAUCUGGAUUUACUUAAACUAGAACUGAAGAAUAAAAAAUGAAAUUUAUACAUAUAA